AUGAAGGCAACACAAUACAUUGUAAUUCGUGCUUUAUUUCAUUUAUUAAUUGUUCCAUAUCUUCUUGCUAUAUUUGGUCAUCCUACAAAAGGAGAAAGAGGAGUUGAACCACAGUAUGAGCCAUUGUUGGAAUAUAUAUUAUUCGGAGUCACAAAUGUUAUUGUCCAACCUUUACUAACAUACGUUGUAUUAAAUAAAAUUAAACCAAACUCGUAUUCGCUGAUUGAACAAAUAUUAUCUGUUAUUAUUGGUGUUAUUGUAUCAAUGAUUUCAUUUUUUAUUUUUAAGCCAAAGCUUCUAAGUCAUACACUUCAAACAAUAAUGUGCUCUUUGGGGUUCGGUGUAUAUUCAAGCCCACUUAUACUUCUUGCUUAUAAACAAACUCUUAAACAAAAAGAAGAAUAUCAUUUCUUGUUUAUUCCUUCGAUGAUAGUGUUAUUAUCUAUCAUUAUUUCUGCAAUAUGUGGAUCAUUAGAUACGCCAUAUAACUGGAAGUAUUUCCCUACUCCAGCGUUUUAUGCAUAUGUUGCAAGUAAUUUUAUUGCUGAUGCAUAUUGCUUUGUCUAUCAAUAUUAUAAUGAAGUAGUAUCUGAACAGAGUGUUGAUAAAAAAACUAGAUAA